ACGCUGGUGCUCAGCGUAAUAUAGUAUAAGGCAAGGUACUUAGGAUACCACGCUUAAUUCCUUCGUCGCUAUCCUAAGCUUCCUUGCAAGUCACCUAGCCUCGCUGCCUAGCCACACGGCCCUGCAGUCGUUACACACAGGAGUAUUGAACUGCGUGAAGUAUUGUAGAUUUAAUUUCUUGUACUGUUUUGCCCGAGUGUUGCUGACCGGUGUGAGAGGAAGCCACGUCUGGCUGUCUGGCGCGCCUGCUUUCACCAAUAUCAUAGAAAGGCGCCUCAAUUAUGGCUUCCUUAGCUGCUCCCUCCUCGGGCCAUCCCCCAGUCCUCCGCUCAAUUAACAACACAAUCAUGGCAGCCUGCAGUACUAGCGGCCGCGGCCCGGGUUACAUGCUUUGGCCAAAACCCGCUAGGCGUCGCGCUCGUGCUCACUCCUUCAUGUCCUCUCGGCUGCUUGCGGCGGCAGAAGCUGGCAUCCCUCAACACAUCUCACACCGCAACUGCGCAAGAAAGGAAGGCGUAGCUCCCGCCAACACCCGAGCAGUGGCGUGCAUGGCGUCCUCUCGUGCUGCUAGCAUUCCCUCGCCUGAACGCGGCAGCAGGGAUGGAGAAGACGGUGUUGGUAGCAACGGCAACAGCAGUAGCAGUGCGGAAUCACCGUCCGGCCCCGUGGCACCGUACAACAACGGCGGUGGGAGCGUCCCCAACAGCUGCGGCGCUGGCGGUUUUCCCACGACUGUCACCCAAGCAACGGCCUCUGAGACGCAUGCGCUGUUUGCCGAUCUGGAAGAUGCCGUACCGUACAGCAACGGUACGGCAAACGGAGGUAAGCACGCAGCUGGCGCUAAAGGCCCGGCUAAGAGGCGCGGCAGCAGCGCCGGCGCCGGCGCGACGAGCAAAAGCGACAACGUCGGCAGCGACAGCAGUUCAGGACAGAAACGCGGCAACAACAAUAAGGCCGCUAAGCCAGGUCACCCCAUGCCAACAGUCGCUUCAAUCAUGCAUCCCAACACGGACCCGGCGUCCGUCGCUGCCGCGGUCAAUGGCGGCGAUGGGCCUGUUUCAGUGGUCGACGCCGCCAUCGCCGCCAGCGUCGUACGACAGGUUUUACCGUACGACGCUGCAGGGAAUCCCAGCAGCGGCGUCGGAAGCAGCGGUGCCACCAUACAUGCCGAUGGCAUGGCUGCCUGUUCGGAUCUAACAUCUGACGUCAGCGCCUCGACGUCUUCCAUGGACGGUAGCACUAGCAGCAGCACUGCUCGGGCCCUUGCGAAUGCCCUCUCCUCUUCCACGCCACCAUCACCUCUUUCUUCUCCCUCCGCGUCCUCUUCCGCUGCAUCCUCCGCGUCCGCCUUGGGUCCUCAAGGUUCAUCAGGCAGCGUGGAUUUGGCGGAUACCCCGGAGGGACUGACGGACGUCGAAGUUAUCUCCGUGGCUCCUGUAGCAGAUUGGCUCCGAGACCGGGAUGACAUCUACACGUUGUACUACGCUGUACUAACGGGCGGGCUGGUGGCUACGGCGGUGUUCCUCUUUGAUGUGUCCAUUCAGACCAUUCACGACCUGCCGGAUAUUUUCAGCACUGGCUUGGGCAUCGGCGGCGGCCGGAAGACUGGGCUGGAGGUGUUUGGGACCGCUGUUCCCUUCAGGUGCGUCAUGCCGGUCGCUGCGGGUCUCGCGGUCGCCUGGCUGCAGCGCCUGGGCUUCAGCCCGCCGCUCAAGGUCCUUACCCGCGCCAUGGAGGGGGUAGCCGACGACGCCGCCAAAGCCGCGCUGCCCAAGUCCUACUGGCAGGUGGCUCGCAAGGCCAUCGCAAGUGCGGUGACGUUGGGUUCCGGAGCCUCGCUGGGUCCCGAGGCGCCGAGCGUGGAGCUGGGAGCCAACACCGCGGCAGUGAUCGUACCCAAGACGCUGAGCAAGCGGCGGCAAAGGAUGCUGGUAGCUGCGGGGGCGGCGGCGGGUGUGUCUGCUGCCUUCGAUGCGCCCGUGUCCGGCGCGUUGUUCGCCGUGGAGUUUGUAUUAAAGAGCAGCCGACUGGGUUUGGACCGGCUGUCCACCUCCACGGUGUUUGUGUCUACCAGCGUUGCGGCGGGGGUGAUUGGGUUCCUGCGCACGCAGGGGCAGGCGCUGGGGAUUGCGGGCGCGGGGACGCAUCUGGUCGGUCGUAUCCCCUACUUCUCCAUUCAGCCCAACCUCCUGGUCGACGUCCUGCAGUUCUCCGCACUUGGUUCCUGCUGCGCAGUAGCCGCAGUAGCGUUGUACGAGGGCGUUCGCGUCUGCGAGAUCGCGCUACGGCCGCUGCCCCGCUGGCUCUCCGCGCCUACGGCGGGGGCCCUAUGCGGCAUCAUCGCCUACCGCUUUCCGCAAGUGCAGUACGGCUACGUGAACCUGGAGGAGAUCUUUCGCGACUCGACACGCAUGUCGGCGGGAGAUUUGGCGGCGCUGCUGACGGCUAAGAUUGCAGCCACGGCGGUGUGUGUGGGCGGAGGCCUGGUGGGCGGUCUGUUUGCGCCGUCACUGUUCCUGGGAGCCCUGGUCGGUGACGUGAUGGGUCACUUCGUGGCGGUCCCCUGGGGCCUGCCCGACCCCACCUCCCUAGUGGUGGUGGGUGCGGCAGCGGUGCUGGGCGCCUCCUGCCGCGCCCCCCUCACCGCGGUGGCGCUCAUGGUAGAGAUCACGCGCGACACGGGGCUGCUGGUGCCGCUGCUGGCAGCCAUUGGGGCGGCGUGCCUGCUGACGGAUUACAUGGAGGGGGUGUUCAGCAAGCGGCUGGAGCAGGCGCUGGUGCAGCUGUACCUGCGGGAGAAGGCGUUCUUCUGGGCCGCCAGUCUAGUGGAGGCGACGGAGCGGCAGCAGGACGCAGGCGCACCCAAGACGGUUGAGUCCGUCCUCGGCACGCGCGCCUCCCUCUACGUGCGCCACACGCUGCCGCUGGCGCAAGCCAAGUCCGCCAUGCUUUCCCGCGGCAGCCAGGCGGCUGUGGUGGUGGAUGAUAACCUGAGUCCGCUGGGGGUGGUGUAUCUGGAGGAUGUGGAGGCGGAGCUGCUGCGUCAGCGGCUGAUGAACGAGCCGGAUGCCAACUUUAACAGGGAGUAGGGCGGAGAAGGAGAAGGAGAAGGAGAAGGAGGAGUGGCUGGGGAUGGAGUGGGGUGUUAGUGAGGAUGGUGGGGUUGGAGGGAGUAGCUGGGGAUUAGGUACGAUGGAUGGGUUGGGGGAUUAAGUGAGUGGUGGGGGGCCUGUAGCCCGGUAGCAUGGAAGGGUCAGCUCCCAGCAGCUGCUGGAUGGGAGAGCUUUACCGGUAACAGGGAGUGAACAUGGUGCUGUGUGUUUCUAUGUAUGUAUUGGCUGUCUGCUCCUGUUUGUAUGGGAGUGGGCACGGCUGCUAGCGUUUUCUUACUCGUUAUUGCUUGUUGGUGUUCUUGAGCGGAAGUAAGCGGGCAGCCGGGAGUCGAGGCUGUGUAGGGAAGUGAGGGGCCCAGGAACGAUGAGCUUUGCCUGGAAGAGUGACGGAGAGUUGUUAUUAGGCACAGUUGCGUUGAUGAUAGUGGAGGGCAGAACUUGCUGUUCGGCUACCGUGGUUUAUAUCAAGCAAUCUACCGGCAUUGCUUGAAUCCAAACGUAUUAGUCGAGUUACGUUGCGAACACAAAGAGGCAUUCACGUUAAAGGUAUAGCUUGCAUGCAUGCGCGAGCUAUGAGCAGGCCACGGUGGUGGCCUAUCCAGAGCUUUAUGUCAUGUUGUUGCCUUCUACGGGCAUGUUUUGGUGUCUGUCUGUCUGUGUUUGGACUUCUGUUGCUAAGUUAAGCUUCCAUUGGUCCUGGAUGGGUCAGGGAUUCCCUACCGACGUAUCGAGGAGGCCGGCUCGGCAACCGCCGUCAAUCUGCAGGAUUGGUAUGCAUUACGUGCGGGUUAUUAAGUGAUGAGCUGGGUCUGCCGUGUCCGUUUCUGGCCGCCGAAAUAGCAGAGGUGUUGUUGAGGUUGUUGUUGCUACGGAGGUUGCGGUUUCUAGCGUUGCUUGCAUGCGCGUUGCUUGCUUGACGCGUGCCCAAUACUGUUCAAUGCUCUUGUUCUUGACAUGCACUAGUUGAUCGCUCCUUCGAUACCGGUAGACCCGGCCAUCUUGGUGGGGCGACUGCUGUCUUUGGCGACAAAGUGACCCAUGGGUCUCUGAUAUGGCACAUCAUGUCGGAGGUCUGUGGCGGGUCCGACAGUGACCCGUGGGUCCGUGACGGUACCUCAUAACUAGACCACACCGACCGAAGGGGCCAGUGCCCACAUUGGAUGUUGCUUACGUGCGUUACGAGACUCGGCGGGGGUGGCAGGAGUGCUGGGGAGCAGGCGACGACGGCGUUCUUGCGUGUGCGCGUUUUUAAGCACAAAGCAUCAGAGAAGAGUUGGCAUGGCUGCUUGUUUCGGUUGGUCCUAGCAUGUCUUGGCAUUACGAGAUAAGGUGAGGGAUGUGAGAUGUGAGCAAGUCAAGACGUAGCAGCAGGUAACAUUAUUUGGCUGAGGGCUGCUUGGCAUAUAGAGAUGUGGGGAGUCUGCGGCAUCGUGUUUUUUCCUUGAGUUACAGGCGAAGAGUGUAAUCUUGACGCAGUUGCGGAUACCGCGGUAUCGUGUUGGAGAGAGUUUUGGUAGGUAGGUAGGCGUUACAGUAGAGAGGUUGAGAGGACGAAGUGGUUUGUGUGGGCAACGGGAGAGUGCUUAUUGCGUGCUUGGUGCGUGGGCUCUAGCGUGUACGGUGCGCUGUUGUUCAAAGCCUCAUCGCCCUCAUUACUCCGCAUUCAAGAACGGUAGACAAGGCUACACAUCAAAGGCACAUGUGAGCGGCAUCUAUGUUGGGUCUUUGCAGUGAGACUUACGGCAAAGAAAGCGGGUAAUUCCUAAUUAAUGUUGAGGGCUAAAACGAUGAUUGGGGCAUCUGUGGCAUACGAUGUACGAUUCUUGCGGCGAGUAUCUCUUGAGGCGCGUGAGGUUUGGGCUUUUCAUGUUUUUAGUCUCAGCCGUAAUAAGGAUAAGGAAGGAGGUGGGGGAUUGGAUUGUCAGGUGGCCUACAACUGGAGGGGGGUUUAGUGAAGGCAAAGGCGUGAUGGAUGAUGCACGUGCGCCGAAGAGAGCACGAGGCUUCUGUUAAGCCACGCCCAUGCUGCCAUUGCACCACUCCUGCACCAGUGCCGCACCAGUUCCGCACGAAUCCCGCACCAUUCUCGGCGCCCAAUUGCAUAUUGUGAGCGCUGCUAUUUUUGGACCAUGGGGU